AUGCCACGUCCGGCUAGACGAAAUCGAUCCACUAAGGCUCCAGAGCCUACCGAUGCGCCUAAGGCGCGCGAUGAUAAUGAUCCCAAAUCGCCAGCGACAGAACGCGGGUCUGCACUGAAUGCACAACCAGCUCUCCGCAACCAGACUCCUCUGGCUAGGAGUCAUGAACAAGCCAUCGAAUCAUCACCUGCUGGCAAUCCACCUGGUACAGGCAGUCGCCCUGGCACAAGCCGACCUCCGACGAGAUCCCGUGGUUACUCUUCUACACUAUCCUUAGCAGGCCGAACAGGCGAUGUGAAUUCGCGUGUUCCGGGGACCCCUGGCUUCGACACAUCAGUCUUAGGGAAUUUUCGGCGACGCCCCCGACAACAGAGCAUUUUGCAGAUGAUGCAAGCCGAGGAAGGCUCAUCUGAUGUUGACGAGGAUGACUUCCUAGGUGGCUUAAGUCCGCAGGAUGAAUCUACCCCAUUGAACGUGUCGCGGAGUAAAUCUCUUCUAGCGAAAGAAGGUGGGGAAUCAGCGUCACCCUCUCAAUCGUUACCCUCAUCGGGCGGGUCUAAUAAACGCAAGCGUGUGGAAGUGGAGGUACAAGUGCCCAUGUCCUCGAUAGAAGAUACCCAGGCUAGGGUUCCAGAUUCGCCAAGCGCUACCCCGAUACCAGACAGAUCACGGUUCCAAGAAUCGGAGGAGACACCUCAACCUCUUCCAUUUUCGGAUAUACUUAGUCAAACCAUGGCACCGCCUGCCAGCAGUCCAAUGUGGAGUACCCAAAGUUCCAUAGCGGCAAAUAACUCGCCAGCUGUGCACCAACGCAACCCAAAGACAAAUCUGAGGGAUGUGGCUCAUAUGUCUACGGCGGCACUCCAAAAUAAGCUACUUCCUCGUCGACGGCAACGCCGGCGCAAACAUCGGGCGGUGGGGGAAAUGGAUAUUCCAAGUGAUGAAAGCAAUGACGAUGCGCAUGAUGCUGCCUCGGGUGAUGAAGAUGAAUUGAAUUACCUCCCACCUCGAAGGAAGCGACAAGCCAAUACAACGAAACCUCGGCCACUAGGGAGCAAACCAACACAAGUCAACCAGAAGCAGAGGAAUACACGGGCCAAAUCAGUCCCUAAUUCAAAGCCACCAGGGCCGCAAAGACCACAGUCACCUCAAGUUGAGGGUAUAGACAAAGAAAACGAAUCACGUAUCACAUCCCCAACAUCAUCCUUGUCAUCUCCACCGGAGUCGGAUGUGUCCGAUUAUGAGUCCGAAGUGGGGACUGGGAGGCGGUAUAUAAGUGAAGAAUUACGUGCCGCUGCUAAGAAAUUUGCCGAGGUGGAUAAAUGGCAGAUGGAAUUUGAAGAAGUCUCUGCAUCAGAGACUCAGGGCAGUCCAAUCCGGUGA